GCCUCCUCCGCCGCCGCCAUCUUGGACCGGGCCCGGUCAGCUUCCGCGGAGCCAUCGGCAGACGCCGCGGCCUCCCUUGAGCCCCGACCCCGUCGUCAGAACAACCCCGGGCCCACUUCCCCCCACCCCACUUCCGCUUCGCGCCGCUAUCGCGAUAGCGCCCGGGCCCGGGGCGCGAGAAAAAGGCGGCGGGCGCUCGCCUCCCCCGCCUGUCGCGAUACGCUCCUCAGCGGCGGCGCCAGCUCCUGUGCAGCGUCCGUCUCCAAGAGAGUAUGAAGAGAGUGCGUCUGUAGGGCAGGGAAGAUGGCGGACAAGCGCAAACUCCAAGGUGAGAUUGAUCGCUGCCUCAAGAAGGUGUCCGAGGGCGUGGAGCAGUUUGAAGAUAUUUGGCAGAAGCUCCACAACGCAGCCAACGCGAACCAGAAAGAAAAGUAUGAGGCUGAUCUAAAGAAGGAGAUUAAGAAGCUUCAACGGCUGAGGGACCAGAUCAAGACAUGGGUAGCAUCCAACGAGAUCAAGGACAAGAGACAGCUCAUAGACAACCGCAAGCUCAUUGAGACGCAAAUGGAACGGUUCAAAGUUGUGGAGCGAGAGACCAAGACUAAGGCCUACAGCAAGGAGGGCCUGGGCCUGGCACAGAAGGUGGACCCUGCCCAGAAGGAGAAGGAGGAGGUUGGCCAGUGGCUCACGAACACCAUUGACACCCUGAACAUGCAGGUGGACCAGUUUGAGAGUGAAGUAGAGUCACUGUCCGUGCAGACGCGCAAGAAGAAGGGUGACAAGGAUCAGAAGCAGGACCGGAUCGAGGGCCUGAAGCGGCACAUCGAGAAGCACCGCUACCACGUGCGCAUGCUGGAGACCAUCCUGCGCAUGCUGGACAACGACUCCAUCCUCGUUGACGCCAUCCGCAAGAUCAAGGACGACGUUGAGUACUAUGUUGACUCAUCCCAGGACCCCGACUUCGAGGAGAAUGAGUUCCUCUAUGACGACCUGGACCUCGAGGACAUUCCACAGGCGCUGGUCGCCACCUCCCCCCCAAGCCACAGUCACAUGGAGGAUGAGAUCUUCAACCAGUCGAGCAGCACACCCACCUCGACCACCUCCAGCUCUCCCAUCCCGCCCAGCCCGGCCAACUGCACCACGGAAAACUCUGAAGAUGACAAGAAGAGGGGACGCUCGACGGAUAGCGAAGUCAGCCAGUCUCCAGCCAAAAAUGGCUCCAAGCCUGUCCACAGCAACCAGCACCCUCAGUCCCCGGCUGUGCCGCCUAGCUACCCACCUGGCCCCCCACCUGCCGCCUCUGCCCUGAGCACUGCCCCUGGCAACAAUGGGGCCUCUACCCCAGCAGCGCCCACAAGCGCCCUGGGCCCCAAGGCCAGCCCAGCUCCCAGCCACAGUUCAGGCACCCCUGCACCCUACGCCCAGGCUGUGGCCCCGCCGGCCCCCAGCGGGUCCAGCACCGCCCAGCCCCGGCCCCCCAGCGUCCAGCCUGGCGGCGGCGGGGGCACCACUAACAGCAGCGGAGGCGGAGGCGCUGGCAAGCAGAACGGCACCACCAGUUAUAGCUCGGUGGUGGCAGACAGCCCGGCAGAGGUGGCUCUCAGCAGCACUGGGGGCGGCAGUGCCAGCAGCCAGGCUCCGGGCCCCCCGUCAGGCCCCCACAACCCGCCGCCCAGCACCUCGAAGGAACCCAGUGCGGCGGCCCCAGCAGGGGCUGGGGGUGUGGCCCCAGGCUCAGGGAACAACACAGGGGGACCCAGUCUCCUGGUGCCACUUCCCGUGAACCCUCCCAGCUCCCCAACACCCAGCUUCAGCGAGGCCAAGGCAGCCGGCGCCCUGCUCAACGGACCUCCACAGUUUAGCACUGCCCCAGAGAUCAAGGCCCCCGAGCCUCUGAGCUCUCUCAAGUCCAUGGCGGAGCGGGCAGCCAUCAGCUCCGGCAUUGAGGACCCCGUGCCCACGCUGCACCUGACGGAGCGAGACAUCAUCCUGAGCAGCACCUCUGCUCCGCCGGCCUCGGCGCAGCCGCCCCUGCAGCUGUCGGAGGUCAACAUCCCUCUGUCACUGGGCGUAUGUCCACUGGGGCCUGUGCCCCUCACCAAGGAGCAGCUCUACCAGCAGGCCAUGGAGGAGGCCGCCUGGCACCACAUGCCCCACCCCUCGGACUCCGAGCGCAUCCGGCAGUACCUCCCCCGGAACCCCUGCCCGACGCCCCCCUACCACCACCAGAUGCCACCCCCACACUCGGACACCGUGGAGUUCUACCAGCGCCUGUCAACAGAGACACUCUUCUUCAUCUUCUACUAUCUGGAGGGCACCAAGGCGCAGUACCUGGCAGCCAAAGCCCUAAAGAAGCAGUCGUGGCGAUUCCACACCAAGUACAUGAUGUGGUUCCAGAGGCACGAGGAGCCCAAGACCAUCACGGACGAGUUUGAGCAGGGCACCUACAUCUACUUUGACUACGAGAAGUGGGGCCAGCGGAAGAAGGAAGGCUUCACCUUCGAGUACCGCUACCUGGAGGACCGGGACCUCCAGUGACACCGGCCCCUCCCUCCACCCUCCCCUCCCCCCCCCCCCCGCAUGCUGACCCCCCCCCCUGCCCAGGCGAGGGCCCUGCCCUGGAAGACUGGGGGAGGCCCCAGGC